CGCGAAUUGGCGGGUCCCGAUGGUGCCGGAGUUGCAAGCAUGGGCCGUGGGCACGGCCGUGGAAGGGGCAGAGGGCGAGGAGGAAGAUUUGGCAGCAGCUACUUCAAUGGAGGCCGUGGUAAUGGAGGAUAUGGCAGCAACAACAACAACAAUGGCUACGGGCGUGGGCGCGGUCGAUUUGAUGGUGAAUGCCACUUUUGCCACAAGACCGGCCACAUUGCUCGCGGGAACCAACCGGACUUACCGCAAAGCCAUGAGAGCAUUCAAGUCCCUGCAGUAGAGGAGGAAGGAAGGGGGAGAAGGAGGACUCAGCCCCCCAAUAGGUUGAGCUAUGAACGGCUUGGAGGACCAGCCAACUCAACCUUGACCGGUAGCAGCUGGAGAGAGGGUGGCCAAGUACCUUGGCCAAACAGCAACUGUUGGACUGCAAUACUCCGCCGCGGCACAAAGGCGUCAAAAGGGUGCGGAUGGAGUCGAACCCGGGAGGCUCUUUCUCACCGCCUUCUCUGAUGCAUCUUGGGCAUCAGAACCAGAGGAUAUGACAAGUGUGGGAGGCUUCAUCUGCUGUGUUGGUGGAGGUCCAACAGCUUGGGAGAGCAAGAAACAAGUGGACCAAGCAUUGAGCUCGGUGGAGUCCGAGUACAUGGCACUCUUCCGUGCCAUAAGAGAGGUUGUGUGGCAGCGGCGUUUGCUAGCUGAAUC